AUGGUGGACACAUCGCCCUUGGGGAAGACACGGCCGGAUCCCUUUCUCUUCCUACAACAUCCUUUGUGUGAUGUCCCGGUCGUGCAGCUGAACGACCUGGAUCGGCUCACUGAAAAGCGGUACAAGAGGCUUUUUUUCAUCGAUUGGCCCGGCGAGGGCUUGUUAAAAAGCAAGUUGUUGACCUCGUUGCAAAGCCUUUUGGACGGCAAGGUGAACUCAGGUGGCCCCUUUCGCUUGGUCUACCGGAACCAGGAUUUGGAGACGGACACGACCUUCAAAGCGGUGGCGCAGUUCUUCGGUCUUUGGCCGCAGCUCCCCAUCCGUGGCGCGUACAUGGGCGUCCUGAGACUCCGCUGGAGAGACACGGUGCUCUUCGUGGUGCCCAGCUCUUCUCUACUGGGGGGUGGACCCUUCCGCGAGGCGCUGCUACGCCCCGAAGAGGAUGCCGUGCACGAGGCAGUGAUGCCGGUGGUGCCCGGUCAGGUGGUGGAUCCUAUGUUGUUCCCACUGUCUAACCGUCCGGUGCUGCUGCCGGCGGGGGCGGAGCUCUUGGGCGCGGACCUGCCAGGCACCUCCUGCGAUGCCGUGUGCGAGGAAGCGGGCCUGGAAUGCCAUCCCGAGGAUCUUCCCUUCAUCAACAGCUGUCGUGCUCUAGAAGCUCUCAAUUGCAGGCGUUGUGAGGCAGAUGAGGGGCCAGAUCAACCAGCACAGGAGGUGCAGGGCGCGCGUGCGGGCCGAUGCUUGUACAACGGCAAUUUGGGCCGUUUUCCUUUGGCCUGUGGCGCCUCUCAUGUGGGGACGCGGCGCUUGUGUGUGUGUCGCGAGCGCAUCGCUUUGGCCGCCGUCGCGCAGACCACGGAGGCUACGAGCACUGAAAGGCCCAAAGCACCGGUGCUCGAGGCGCCCGUCACCGCUCCCCCCGCGCUGGAUGCGUUGCUGCCGCAGAACUUGGCGGUGCUGGUCUUGGCCAGUGGCCUGCGUCCUCGUUCCUUAGAGCGCUCCUUGCAGUCCUUGUCCCAGGCCUACGGAUACAACAAGCACAUGGUCUUCGUGUCGCAGGAUGGCGAUGGCGAUCAGGCCAAAAUCACGGCUCAGAAGUUCCGCGUCGGCUGGCAGCAGGUGGACACAGGUGUGAAGUCCGCCGGAGAGAAGGAGGCGCUGCACUACAAACUGGCCCUGGAGCACGUGGUGUCCGCCAAGGGCCCCUUUCGUGAUAAACCAGCGCUGGUGAUCCUAGAAGAAGACGUGGUUGUCUCGUACGACAUCCUCUUGUACUUCGGUCAGCUCCAAGCGGUGCUUCAGUGGGAGGACAUCUUCUCCGUGAGCGCCUGGAACGAGAACGCCUUGGGCCCCUACAGCUCCGAUCCGCACCGCUUGCUGCGCGUCGAUGCCUUCUCCAGCGUGGCUUGGAUGGUUUCCACGGAGCACCUGGUGCGCUCUUUGCUGCCACAAUGGCCUCGGAACUUCUGGCAGAAGCACUGGAGACGCUCUUCCUUCGGGCGGAAGCAGCAUAUCAUCCCUGAGAUGCCACGCGUGCGGGUGGAGCGAGCACAAGGGACGCCCCUAUCCAGUAUGGUGGUCCCGACCAGCUUCCGUGACAACUUGGCCUUGGCAGAUCUGGGAGACCUCCAUCGCCUCAGUUCGGAGGCGUAUAGCGCGAAGCUCGUCGAGGAGUUGCGCUCAGCCACCUUGGUUGAAGACCUUCGAGUUCUCCCUUCACCGCUCAAGCUGAAGGAGGAGCAAGGCAGUGAGGUCUCCAAUUGGCGCAUCCACUACGAGAGUGCACAGCCGGAGAGCGAUGGCACCUGGAGUGUUUUGGCUCGAUUUCUUCAGCUGCCGGAGGGCACUCAGCCACCACUGCUCCAGGGUGUGAUCAAGAUCCCAUGGGGUCGAGGUGUGUUGUUCUUGUUGGCCUCCUCGUCUUCCUUGGUCAUGCAGGCGCGCCUUCGCCCGCUGCCAGGAGAGGCGGUGCCACCCGAGGCUUUCCAAGAAGUCUCACGGCCGCUACUUCUCGCAGCCACCGGUGACGUGCUAGCCGCAGACAGGACCGGGCAAUCCUGCAGCGACUUCUGCGAGACGCGGGGAGCUUCUUGCGAAGCUUCGGAUCUCCUCUUUGUGAACCGCUGCGAGGCCAUGCGAGUGGCUCUCUUCUGCGAACGCUGUGAACGCAACCUGGGCUCCGACCAACCCGCCGUGGCCAGCCUUCGCAGCAGCCGAUCCUACGGGGCCUGUCUCUACAACGGCGACAUCUUGCAUUAUCCCAUCACUUGCGAGGCGUCUCAUCGCGAGACGCGGAGGUUGUGCGUUUGCCGCGCACCGCCGCGUGCUGGGCCGCGGCCGGCGGUCGAAGGUGAUGCCGGCACAACGCGGGUGCCGUCCGUAGUGUCCAAGAUGCUGCCGGGCCAAGCAGCUCAGGCGAGUGAAGCUGAGACAACGAGCGGAUGGGCAAACGAGCUUGGCACCACCAUUGCUCAAGACUCAUCAUCCAGCUCGGUGAGCGAGGCUGAGACUACAAUAGCUGCCAACUCCUCAUCGAGUUUUGCAAGCAAACUUGGCACCACCAUUGCUCGAGACUCAUCAUCCAGCUCGGUCAGCGAGGCUGAGACUACAAUAGCUGCCAACUCCUCAUCGAGUUUUGCAAGCAAACUUGGCACCACCAUUGCUCGAGACUCAUCAUCCAGCUCGGUGAGCGAGGCUGAGACUACAAUGGCCCCAGACUCAUCAUCGAGUUUGGCAAAGGAGCUUGGCACCACCAUUGCUCCAGACACAUCAUCCAGCUCGGUGAGCGAGGCUGAGACUACAAUGGCUGCAGACUUACCAUCGAGUUUGGCCCGCAGCAACGAGUCCACUCGCCUUCGGCUGUGA